GGCGGACUGUCGCUUGAGGCUGCGCUGGUUCCCGAGUUGGACUUUUUUGAGACGGUGCCUUGAGCUCUGCUCCGCCCGCCCGCCCUUCGCCACUCGGGCCCCCAGCGCCGGCCUCUGAUUCAGAGGUUAGGAAUUUGCAUCUGAUCGCUCGCCGUUUGUCACCCGAAGGCCGCGAGCCCGCCUUACACCGGGGCCACGACACGACGAUGCCUCCCAAGUAGUCCCGGACGCCACAGUGCCGCUCGAUCGCCGAGGAGUGCGCUCGUUUGCCAGAGGGAUUCACCGGGCAGGGGGUCGGAAUGCGCCCCCUCCUUUCAAGUUCCCAAGAGUUCGCCCAAAUCAGACGGAAGCGGAUUAGGCUCUUCUCUUGUUUGCUGGCAGCGCCAAGCACCCUCCACAUCACUGCGCCCUCUCCAGCCCAUUGACUCCCACUGAGAGACAUGCGUUGCUCAAGUCGAGCUGGGACGGCACACAUCUGCCACUGCACUGCAUAAAAAUAGUGGCAGGCCACAACUUUAAGUGUCUACGCAGGACUCUGGAUGGUCAAAGCAAAGCCCUCCAAGGUGCCAGGUUUGUCGUGUUGACUGCCUUUUGCAUGACACCCAAGGUCAGUGCUCACAAAAGCAAAGGGGAGUGCUGACUGAAGCCUCUCGGCUGCACCUCUUUUAGAGAAUCGUUGGCUUCAGGAGAUUGGCAGAACAGUUUUAAAUGCUCUGAGGCCCAGCCCUCUGACGCAGCUCGACAGCAUCUCCAAUUUAGGCACAUCUUUCUCUCAUAGUCUAGGCCUGUGGCCUCCAAGAAAACCUCUCCAUGGCAAUGAAGCUGCAAGCCGUCAUGGAGAACUUGCACAGGCAGCAGAGGGCCAAACUUCAAAUGGAACUUGAGCAACAGCAACAGCAGCAAUUAGCCAGCCAUUCCCAGGCUCCAUUGACAUCCGCUUCCAACUCAAGGAAAGAAGACUCGACAGAAAGCAAAGCCAGCAAAAGCUUCAGACAGGAGGACGUGGCUGCAGAACAAGCACCAGGACUGCAGCGCACUCAGAUGGCAGCUCUGGCAGCGAUGAGGGCAGCAGCGGCGGGACUCCAGAGGCACUCGGAUAGUUCACUCUCUGAGAAUGGUAGCACAGUCCCCGAGGAGGAGGAGGAUGAGGAAGAGGAUGACGAAGAGGAGGGAGCUGAGCGCUACAAGGAGAUGAUGGGGUCGGAUGAGGAGGAGCACAUCAAAAGAAAAUGGGAUGAGGAAGACUUUGAAGAGGAAAUGGAAGACGAUUUUGAUGACUUGGAUGAGGAAGAGGACGGUGAAGAGAGUAGAGCCAUAGGAGAUGCAACUGUAGGUGGUAAGACCUUGGCUCACCCUCACCGUCCAGUUCAGGCUCACUCACAGUUCCUGAAGAUGAAGACCCCUGUAGGCCAGGACCUGCGCAUAGCCAGCCUCCCGGGGCAGGGGUCCCACAGCCAGGCAGUGGGUCAGGAUCACGGCGACUGGACGUACGAAGAACAGUUCAAACAGCUCUAUGAACUCGAUGCAGAUCCGAAGCGUAAAGAGUUUCUGGACGACCUCUUCAGUUUCAUGCAGAAGCGAGGGACUCCGGUCAAUCGGAUUCCCAUCAUGGCCAAGCAGGUGCUGGAUCUCUACAUGCUGUACAUGCUUGUGACCGAGAAGGGUGGCCUGGUGGAGGUCAUAAACAAGAAGCUGUGGAGAGAAAUCACAAAAGGCCUCAACUUGCCUACCUCGAUCACCAGUGCAGCAUUCACCCUCAGGACCCAAUACAUGAAGUAUCUGUACCCUUACGAAUGUGACAAGCGGGGACUCAGCAACCCUAAUGAACUGCAGGCAGCCAUUGACAGCAAUAGAAGAGAAGGCCGCAGACAAGGCUUUGGGGGGACCCUCUUCACCUACUCCCCCAAUGGGACUCCCACUAUGCUGUCCUCUCCCAAGCUGGCCUUGCCCAGUAUGAAUGUAGCUGUAGUGACCAAUGGAGGAUCUCUGAAUCCCAUCCCAAAGAUCAAAACAGAAGAUGAUGGCGGGCCUGUGUCAGUGUCAAGCCGCAUGCCAGUGGCGUUGCCCGGUCACUCCAUGGUGGCAGCACAGGCGGCAGCUGUACAGGCGGCAGCAGCGCAGGCAGCCAUGGCUGCUCAGGUGGCUGCUCUGGAACAGCUGCGGGACAAGCUGGAUGCAGGAGAGCCACCUGAAAAAAAAAUGGUGCUGAUGGCAGAUGAGCAGCAGAGAAUCAUGCAGCGAGCCCUGCAGCAGAAUUUGCUGGCUAUGAGUACCCAGAUUCCCAUGAACAUCCGCAUAAACAACCAAGAAAGCCGCGGCGAAUCCAGUAUGAGCCUUUCAUCAGGUGGCCUCAACAGCAUCAACAUGUCCGUGGAGCUCAAUGGUGUCGUCUACACAGGGGUACUGUUUGCUCAGGCAGCAGGCGCCAGCUCAUCUACACCCUCUGCACCCAGCAACAGCAAGGCAAGUGGUGGCCGAAGCGCCCCCAGCUCGGGACUUCCUGUUUCUCACACAUCUACCUCAUCGUCUUCGUGCACCUCCAACCCCUCGCCUUAGAAGCCGCAGGACCCCCGGACAGGUGAUGCCAAGUCAGAAGCUUUCCUGCUACUCCUACUACUACUAUUACUACUACUAUUACUACUACUAAUGCCAAAAACGGGAACAGGAAGUUUUGAAGUACACUAUCUAUCUCAGGUUAUGUCUCCGCAGUGGCCAGUGGGAGGCGCUACAGCCAAGCAGAUGAUUUCAGUAGCAGGGGAGAGAGAGAAGUGCGACCUGUGAAUAAUUUAUUUUCUCCAAAAUGUACAGAAUAGCAGAACAAAAGCAAAGUGAUGCACUGUUUACACAUAUUCAUACUUACCUCUCCGUGUCCGUGCUCAGUGUUUCUGACACAACUUUGUCUUUUUAUUUUAUUUUAAUUUUAUUUUUUUGGUUAACUAAGCUCAACAACAAAAAAUAACAUGUAAAUAUUUUCUAUUUUAUUCAGAAAAAAAAAAAGUUAAAACUGAAGAUUUCUAUAUUUCAGGGCAAACCAAAGCACCGAUGUGACCUCACGCUUUCAGUGACACUUUCAUUUUUUUUAUUAUUAUUAUUGUUAUUAAUAUUAUCGGGAUGGGUUGGGGGGUUUUGUUGGCAUUUCAGGCCAACCACACGCAGGAGCACAAAGGC